AACCCAUUUCUCCAUUUCCUUCUCCUUUACAUACGCCGCAUUCUUUGCCCUUUAUUUUACUCAUGCUCUGCUAAAAUACAUCGCAAAGAGAGUCUGCUUCAUCUAAUCUUUAUCUCUAUAUCUUCAAUCAGAUCGAUAGUUCUCACACGAACAAAAAACCCCAGUUUUAAUCUCUAUUUAUUGUUCCAUUUCUGUUGUUAAAUCAUUGAAAUCAUAUAUAUUGGGGAUUGCCCUGCUCAAAGUUCUUGUGUUCUUGAGGUUUUGUUAAUGGCUGAUUGCCUGCUAUCAAGUUUAUUGUGUUCAGAAGAUAAUGGUAGUAUAUGUUAUGAUGAUGACGAUGAUCGCUAUAAUGUCGAAGAUGGAGUAUGGGGUUAUCGGAAUCAUCGAAACAUUAAUAAAAACGAGCUCUUUAUUAAGAAUCUUGAAACAGAGCACCCUGUUCUUGAUUUCCCUUUGCAAAGUGAUGACUGUUUGGCUUUGUUGAUUGAAAAAGAAUGUGAACAGUUUGUGGGUUUUGAUUAUUUGAAGAAAUUAAGAAAAGGGAACUUGGAUUUUGUUGCAAGAGAACAAGCAGUUGAUUGGAUUAGAAAGGUUCAUGCUCAUUUCAAUUUUGGACCCUUGUGUGCAUAUUUAUCCAUAAACUACUUGGACAGAUUUCUUGCUGUCUAUGAAUUCCCUAAAGACAAAGCUUGGAUGAUGCAAUUGCUAGCUGUAGCUUGUUUAUCACUUGCAUCCAAAAUGGAAGAGACUGAAGUACCCCUCAUUCUUGAUUUACAGGUUUGUGAAGCAAGAUUUGUAUUUGAAGCAAAAACCAUUCAAAAAAUGGAGCUUCUUGUGUUGACCACAUUAAAAUGGAGGAUGCAAACAGUGACCCCAUUUUCUUUUAUAGAUGCUUUCAUUGGGAAACUUGAUUGUGAUCAACCCAUUUCAAGAUCCUUAAUUUUGAGAUCAACCCAACUCAUAUUAUGCUUAAUUAAUGGGAUUGACUUCUUGGAGUUCAGACCUUCUGAGAUUGCAGCAGGAGUGGCAAUUUCUGUUGUUGGACAACCUCAAAUCUCUGCCCUCCUUAAACAUGUACAAAAGGAGAGGGUUCUUAAAUGUGUGGAAAUGGUGAAUGUGUUGAAUGGUGGUUGUACCAAGAGCAUAAAGAGUGGUACCUUGCCACAAAGUCCCAUUGGUGUUCUUGAAGCUGCAAGCUUAAGUUACAACAAGAGUGAUGAUUCAACUACUAGUAAAAGGAGAAGGCUCAAUAAUAGAACACCAUCUCAAUUGGUGCUUUAGAUUGUUUUUUAUUUAUUUAUUUAUAA